AUGGACCCACCGCCGGGGGUCCCGCCGGAUAACACUACACCCACAGUGUACGACAGCAAGUUGACGGAGCCACCGCAAUGGGAGCGUUCGCCUCUUUACGAGCAGCGGAAAACGACAACCAACCAAAGCACAUUCCAAGGCGACCAAAGGAAAGAAAUAUGGGCAGCAAUUCGAACACUCCUUCUUGACGGCACUUUACAGAAGAGUUUCGAUAAGGCAUUUGAUGAUAUAGCCGCAGACUUCACCCGAAGGCUCGGUGAGCUUCGUUUCGCGGAGAACGCGCUUAACGAGGAGAUCUCGACCGAGGUCUACCGAUGGGCCCUCGAGACCAUUGGUGUCAUGGUCUUCGGCGGCCGCUUGGGCUGUCUGGACGGGCCAGCGCACCUCCCCACCGACGAAAACAGGCCCAGGGAAAUGACCUCGUUGGACGACGACAUCCCGGAAACGUGCUCUCUGUCAAAACGCCGCAUCGAGGAGCUCACACCUGCCGAGCGUUUGGUGCGAAUAACCUUAGAAAUAGCCAAUGGCGGCUUCCUCGUGAGGAGCGAAGAUACGCUGAACAAACACUCCGAGACUUUCAGGAGGGCCUUGAAGACCUUUGACGAUCAUUACAGUCUGACCGAGCAUUUCCUACUCCAAGCCGUGCAGUCUUUGAACACUAACAAUUUAAGGCCAGAACAAAUCCUAGUGGAUAAGUUAAGGCCGCUUCAAAACCGUGUCCUGCCCUUGGUGGCCGACAUACUUCUUGCCGGCGUCGAUCCACUGGCGCAGACCGCGCUCGGCAUGUUCUACCAGCUGUCGCUGAACGCGGCGCGGCAGCAGCGCGCCCACGACGAGGUGGCCUGGUCGGUGGCGUCCAGGGACGCCGGCGCCAGCUGCACGGAUAUGCCCUUCAUAUCCGCCUGCGCGAGGGAGGCGCUGAGAAUGCACCCCGUCACCGGCGGGGUGCUGAGAAGGAGCACGGCGGAGAUGGUCGUGGGCGGAUACGAAGUCCCGGCGGGGGUGGACAUAGUUCUCGCUCACGGGGUGAGCAGCAAGGACGAGAAGCAGUGGGGCAGGGCGGGUGCUUAUAUACCGGAGCGCUGGUGCGGCGAGGGGUGGGGGCCGUUGCGCGCGUCCAGGGCACACCCGGCCGCGUCCAUGCCCUUCGGCGAGGGCUGCCCCGCCGCCGGCGCGGUGUCCAAAAUGCUGACGUCACUGGCAGUCCGAGUGUUGGAUAACUACCGCCUGGAGUGGCACGGGCCGCCGCCGAACGUGGCGACUCCAGACGUCAACAGGCUGCAGCCCCCGUACUACUUCGUGUUGCAAAACGCCGCG